AUGGGAAAAUACAAAGUCGAGGAUACCGUCACCGCGCAGCGAAUAAAUGACGGGCAAGUUGUUCAUGUCCACCUAACCAAUUUGGAGUUGUUCUCGAGUGGUGCCUUUUCGAAUGUUUACCGUGGUCGUGCCGAAGACCUGCAGUCAAGCAGCAUCAAACGCGAAGUGGCCAUCAAGAAAACUUGGAAACUACACAGAGCAAAUGAAGUAACCGACAUUGAUGCAAUUUCCGAGAUUCGAAUUCUAAAGCUGCUCAACCGUCUCAACCACAAGAACAUUGUCCAACUUCUCUAUGACUUUGCUAAUGGAUACAAAGAACGGACUUGUUAUGGGCUCGUCUUUGAAUUUCUCCCAGAGACUCUUCACUCGUACAUGAAGGCUAGACGCCGUCAACUUGAACUGAUCGAUAUCAAGCUUUUCACAUGGCAACUCUUUCGAGGACAAGCUCACCUCACCAAGGCAUGUAUUAUGCACCGUGACAUCAAGCCACAAAAUUUGUUGGUUGAGCCGGUGAGCGGACUAUUGAAAAUCUCCGACUUUGGAUCAUCCGCUGUGAUGAAAAGGGAACAACGACAACCACCCUAUCAUGUUACACGUUACUAUCGCCCACCAGAAUUGCUCCUUGAAGCAAAGAAUUAUGGAACCGAGGUGGAUGUCUGGUCUUGCGGUUGCGUUUUUGGGGAGAUGCUUGCUGGAAGAACGCUUUUGCCGGGAAGAAACAGUGAGCAUCAACUGGAUUUGAUCAUCGAACACUUUGGGAUUCCGACUCGAGAUCAAGCCGCUAGUAUGCACUGUCCCGUUCGUACUUACAAUAAGAUUCUUGACACCGCGUACCAUUUGACUGGAAGCUUCCCAAAGCUUUAUCGUUUGAUUCCCGAUUCCCAGCCGAAAGCAGCUGUUCAACUUUUGGCAAAGGUCCUUGUCUAUUCCCCUCCUGAAAGGAAUUGUGGCUUGUCGUUUUUGCUCGAUCCGUUCUUCAAUGAUCUCUUCAAAUCGACCACAAGGCGCAAUCAUCGGCCCAUCGAAUGCCUCUCGCUUCAAGAUUUGACCGACGUUCGCAAUGGAGACGGUGAUGUGACAGCGGAAUCACUCAGCGACAAGAGACCACCUGUACCGCAAAAGUCCGGCACUAUCCCUUCAAAAUCUAACGAAUCAACAACCGCCAGUCUUCACACGAUUCAAGAAAUUACACGAAAA